AUGGAGAAACAAAAGUGGUUGUCAAGAUUAAACAUGGUGUUCUUCACCCCUUGUCUACUCUUUUCAAACAUUUCAUCGGUCAUCUCCCUCGAAAAGUUGCUCGCCUAUUGGCCUAUACCUGUAUUUUACGUCUGCUUUGCGCUUGUAUCCUUUACGUUUGUCCAUGUCGUAUGUCGUUUAGUGCGACUCAAUGCAGAAUUUCGAGGCUUUGUGACGGCAUGUGUCAUGUUCUCAAAUACCAACUCGCUCCCUAUUGCUGUUAUUACAAGCUUGGCUGUUUCCGAAGCGGGCAAGGUACUUUAUUGGGACGCUGAUGAUACACAAGAGGCAGUGGCCGCUAGGGGAAUUUCAUAUACCUUGUUUUAUGCAAUCUUUGGAAACCUUUUACGAUGGUCAUAUGGAUAUCGGCUAUUGCAAAUCCCCAUCAAGGAUGACGAGGAAGAAGAAUUUGAUUAUGGAACAAUGACCAGUGACUAUGGCACAUCUUCUGGAUCAGGCUCUAUCAUGUCAUCGUCACGACCUCAUAGUCCAAUUUUGUUCAGUGGUAGGAGCAGUAAAUAUGGUGGCGAUGCGAGUCGUACCACAAGUGUGAAUGAAACAAGUGGGUUGUUGUCAUCGUUUCCAGCUCUUCCAAGCGAUGCUGCUGACGAUCAGCUUCAACAAGAUGAUCAAUUAAGCAUGAAAACGCACGUCAAGCGCAAGAUGGCAACAUGGGCACGUUCAAUUCAUCAAUUCAUGACCCCACCCUUGUAUGCAGCUUUCCUUGCUAUUGCUGUGGGUUUGAUACCUCCUUUGAAACAGCUCAUGUAUGAUACUUUUGUACAUGCAUCUGUUACCUUGGCUAUCCAAUCUUGUGGCAAGGCUGCUGUACCCAUUAUUCUCGUGUGUCUCGGUGCUCAACUUACGGACAUUUUAGAAAAAGAAAUGCAACAGCAAGAGACGCAUUACAACCGAAAAGCGGUUGCAACAGCUAUAAGCAUCCGCAUGAUACUUGCACCUUUGGUGGUGAUUCCCAUUGUAUUGGCAUUUGUAAGAUAUGGCUCUGCAUACGCUGGUGUGGCGGCAGAUCCAGUCUUUAGCGUCAUGAUGAUUAUUGUCGGUUGUACACCCACAGCUAUCAACCUCGUUCAAAUAUCACAAGUAACAGGAGCUUUCGAGGAUGAAAUGCUGCAUUUGCUGUUUUGGAGCUAUGGUGUCGUGUGUGUGCCAGUAUUCACACUCGUCGUCUUUGCAGCACUCAACAUUGUCGAUACUUUUCUCUAA